AUGAUGCGCCGUUGCUUUCCGUUGCUAAGUGCUGGUAUGGUGGAGUACCACGAGUGGCACUUGCACGAACCACUGCUGCAGAAUUAUGAAGGGUGGCGUAUUCUUGACAACCCAAAAUAUGAGCGUAAAUCCGAUGCGUAUAUCUACGAUUUUACCGGUUGUGUGCGUCACCUGGACCCCAUCAUUGAUGACCCGCGGCUCACACAUAAGCAGCGUGUGUGUCGACUUUACCGUUGGGCCCUUAAAGAACUGCAAAUGUGGCUCGUCCAGCUCAACGCCCAUAAAUUCAAUCUCGCCUACAAAGUCGUUCGUCGUCGCUUUGAGAUGUAUCGGUACGUCACUGACCCUGCGACGUGUGACAUGAUGGUGCGUCAGACACAGAAAUACCUACGAGAGAACGCGUGCUUUUACUACUUGCGGCGCAACAACGCCUCACCAUGGUCAACUGCCACCCUCGCCAACCCAAUGUUUCACCCCGAUGGUGCGCAGGUGUACGACCACUGGACCCAUCCCGAGGUGCUGUGGUAUGACGAUGCGAAGCUUCACCGGUGGACAGGUCACCACCCGAUGUACGGUAGUGCGGGGGAGGCGUCAGAUCGCUUCGGUGAUAUGGAUGUAGCACCUCACCUUCGCUUUUUUACAACUGUAGUGUUCGGGAUGGUGUUUUUAUGGGCCAUCCUAAACUUUCUAGCGUUUUUUGAUAGGGACGAGGACGUGCACUUCAAGGAGUGGUGUUCCGCCUUCAGCGAUGACCUUAAGGGUGCGUUGUACGCUGCAGAAAGGAACUCGCGGAGUCACACGUCGAUGUUAGGCUGGGAUUGGGACCGAAUUAUGGGGAAGGUACAGCAAGACGAGGGCUUUCAUCUCUAUGAUGUAGACUUUGCCGCUGCAGGUAGUAAUAUUGCCAGGAGAUAG